UCAGAUAACCGCUGCAUGGACAGGCACUUCCUCCCCACUCGGGCCAAGCAGCUCGUGGCCCUCGCUAGUUUCCCCGGAGCCGGCAACACGUGGGCGCGUCACCUCAUAGAGCUCGCCACCGGCUUCUACACCGGCAGCUACUACUUUGAUGGCUCCCUUUACAACAAAGGAUUCAAAGGGGAGCGGGACCACUGGCGGAGUGGGAGGACGAUCUGCAUUAAGACUCAUGAGAGCGGCAAGAAGGAGAUCGAGUCCUUUGACUCCAGCGUCGUCAUGAUCCGAAACCCCUACAAAGCCCUCAUGGCUGAAUUCAACAGAAAGUAUGGGGGCCACAUUGGAUUCGCUUCCCAGGCCCAUUGGAAAGGGAAAGAGUGGCCCGAGUUUGUGAAGAACUAUUCCCCUUGGUGGGCGUCCCACACGUUGGACUGGCUGAACUACGGGAAGGUGGUCCACGUGGUCCACUUUGAGAACGUGAAGAGGGACCUGUUCUCCCAUCUCAAAGGGAUGGUCCAGUUUCUGGGUCUGAAGGUUUCUGAGGAGCGCCUUCUCUGCGUCGAGGGCCAGAAGGACGGGAACUUCAAGCGGUCCGGCCUGCGAAAGCUUGAGUAUGACCCGUAUACUCCUGAAAUGCGAGCGAGCAUCAAUGAACUGGUCCGGAAAGUCGACGCUGCCUUGAGGAAGAGGAACAUGCCCGGAGUUCCAGACGAAUAUAUGCCAAGAUGAUAUACGUGAACCCCUCAUUUAAUUCCCCCCCCCUUCCUUUAAUCGGACUGUUAAUUGGACAAUCUGCACCACAUUUUUAGGAUAACAUGACUGAAAUAGUUUGUUUCAAUAAUUUUGUAGGUAAACAUAGGUCAAAGCUGUAGUCUCUUUACUCUUACUAUUUUAAUAUUAAGGUUCUUUCAUUUUCUGUUGAACCUCAGCAGCUUUAUGCAUUAAUAGAAGAGGCAGUUGUCCCUAGGAAGGUUUCUUUUUCUCUUUGUCUAAAUGAAACGCCCUUCCUAUCCUGCUCUAUGCACAUGUGCUGUGUAGGCAUGUGAAAAUGCCUUAACUCAAAGGAGGUACAAUAGCUGUGACCACAGAGAGGCUCAUCUGACGGCACUGGCUGAUUCGUUGCCAGUCAGAAAAACAUGUGACCGAAAAAUCAUUAUACAAUACUGCAAAGUUUGAUGUAUGAGCUUAUUUUGUGCUAAAGAGAAAUAUGAGAAUGGAAAACUUUAAAUGUAUGAUUCUUGUGCUGCUGUCAGUUACAGAAAAAUACUAUUUUAUACAUAAACUUUAAAAUGUUCCGCCCUUUUGUCAGAGGGAAAAAUGCAAUAUGCAGGUUAUAACUACUUGAUCAUGAUACUGUGUUUCCAACUUUUUAUUUAAAACAAUCAGGAGUAAGAGGAAUCUGUAUUUUCAAUGAAGAGGUUAAGAACUCCUCUUAUUCAAGAAGAUGACGCAUCCCUCUUGAAGGCACUGACUCGAGGAGAGGAUUUAACUUGACAGCAUUUAUUUAUCUGUGGUGUGCAGUGUCCACUCGGUUGUGAAAUGUUUCCUUAACACUGGACUUGAUGCAGAAAUCCAAAAAGCACUUUUCUGUGCAACACUCGGCCCAAAGAUCACUGAGGAAUUAAGCAUUACACGUAUAUUAGAUUGGAGGUUUCCUUUAGCAGUAGUGAUCUUUAUUGAUUUAUUUUAUGACAGUUAAUCAUACUGAAUGUGAAAACUGUUUUUACUUUUUGUUUUAUGUCUUUGUUGUAUAAAAAGCUAUAACAUAGUCAAAGCUGAUAAUACAUUUACUCCUCAUAAUUUAAAAAGAAUAUCCACAAAUGUGUUAAAAAUUCAGCUCACAUUUUAUAAGCGGCACGUCUGAUACUGGUACUCAAUGUGCUAUGCGGUAUGCUUUAAAACAAACAAAUAUAUAAAUAAUUAGAUACACAAAUAUAUAAAUAAUUAGAUACACAAAUAUAUAAAUAAAUAAAACACUGGUGAUUGAGAACCAGGAAAUAUUAACUGACUUCCAUUUUCAGAAUGAUAUAGAUAUAUUUUUAUAGUGUUUGCUGACACUUUGACAAGAUUUGUAUUGCAACUAGCAAAACGGGAGAAGUUGUUUCUAUUUUUAAAACAUGCUUUAAACUUUAUUGGCUCUCGCUUUCAUUGACAAGCAGGCACACAGUGUCACAUUUGAAUGUAUUUUUUAUGGAAUGAAUGUUAUGUGAUAAGGCCCAAUAAAUGAGUAAAU